AUGACACCACAGAUCACAAAGUGGGCUGACUUUGCCUAUGUGUCCGAGGAAUUCGACUCAGAAACCCAUGAAUUUCAAUACACGAUGUUCGCUGUCAUCGACUCGGAUGACGUUAUCUAUUACGGCGAACUGCCUAUCCGUAAAGCUGAGAUCUCGUUUCAGCAAGUUAUGGCCACUCUCAAGGCAAUCCCUGACAGCGAAAUAUUCCCAGCACUGUCUAGUGCCAAACAGCUUACUCAGGCGCCACCAGAGCUCGAUAAUGCUCAAGUCUUCAUCAAGCGACCGAAUAUUUCCCAAUAUGAUGUGUAUAAGCGAUACAAUGUAGUACACCUGCUCGCCCAAAGCUUUUUGGAGGAGGCCUGUACCAUGGAAUUUCUUUCCACACACCCACAUCCUCAUUUCGUACAGUACCAUGGCUGCUGCUUCCGGAGAGGUUACCUGACAGGAAUCGUGCUUAGCCGCCAUCCGUGUGACCUGAAGAACUAUCUCAAUCGCGGAGUAGGAAUUAUCGAUAAAAAAGUAUUCAUGAACGCGCUUGAGUCCGCCGUUUAUCACUUACAUUCACUCGGUUGGGCACACAAUGACCUCAACCCGACGAAUUUGCUAGUCGACGACUCUAAGGCCAAUUGUGGAAUGCCAGUCCUGAUCGACUUUGGCUCGGCUAGGAAGAUGGGCAGUUUGCUAGGAACAUCCCGGGGUACAAGUGGUUGGAUUGAGGGUCGGAUUGAGGACUAUACCACUUCUAAGAAGGAACAUGAUAUCUUUGCCCUGGAGAAAAUACGACUUUGGUUGGACAACCCGACUAUCGACGACGAUUAA